AUGAAAUCGAAAAACAGCUACAUCUAUUCGUCUUUAUGUGCAAUCAAUCGAUAGACAUAUCGAUAAUUGUAUCGUGGUAUAUCUUUAGUCGGUGUUGUAUCUUGUGCAUCUCUAAAUCUCAGUUGUUUUGAAGUUCUUUUAUCCAAUGGAAGAGGGAAUGCUCGGCACUUCGAGCGAAUCGCACUUUUUCGAAGGCGUUGAGAAGCUAUUGGAGAUUUGGUUCGAGGAUAGUGCUAAGCUCGAUGGCGACUUACGCAACAUAACACGCAUUGAGUGGGAGAAGCUGCUGUGCCACGUUAAAUGUGAAAUUAUCAGCUUCAAAAAGAACGAUUUCAUAGAUGCCUUUCUGCUAAGCGAGAGCAGCAUGUUCGUCUCGAAGCGCCGCUGGAUAUUGAAGACCUGUGGCACGACGACGCCUUUGAAGUGCCUUGAGCAGCUGCUCGAACUGGCCAAGACGCAGGGCUACACUGUUAUCAGCGAUAUAUUCUAUUCGCGCAAGAACUUCACCCGUCCCGAGGUACAGAAUAGUCCGCAUAAAGGCUUCUACGAGGAGGUCACCUAUUUGGACACCAUAUUUCCCGAGGGCCGGUCCUACUGCCUGGGCUCCAUCAAUCUCGAAUGCUGGUAUCUCUACACGUUUAGCAGGCCAGACGUUAAAGCACUGCCCGACUUGCUCGUUGCCGAACAGCACAAGCAGAAGGACAAUGUGGACGCUGAUCCGGAUCAGACAAUCGAGAUACUUAUGCAGCAUCUCGACAAGGAUGUCAUGUUGGCCUUCAGCAAGAGUCGCUUCGCCAGUGGGCCCGAGGCGACCACGCAUUCGGGCAUCGAUCAAAUACUCCCCGACAUGAUCAUCGACGACUUCCUCUUCGAUCCGUGCGGCUACUCGAUGAAUGGCAUCAAUGAGCAGGGCGAGUACAUGACCAUACACAUAACGCCCGAGGAGAAAUUCUCCUACGUCAGCUUCGAGAGCAAUGUGGCCCUCAACAACUAUACGAAACUGAUCAACCAGGUCGUUCGCACCUUUAAGCCGGGCAAAUUCAUUGUCACAAUCUUCGCGAACAAAUCCUCGCUGGCCUACGAGACGAUGAAGGAGCUGGAGAUCGAAUAUUCCACCUUGUCCAACUGGCGGCGCACGGACAUGCAAUGCUGCAACUUCCCAUCCUACAACCUGCUAUUCGCUCAAUAUUCGCGUGCCGUGGAGAAUUGGACGUAGAACGAUUGGCGCAACUCCCAAAUUACUGUAAAUAAAACUGA